AUGUCUACGCCCUCCACGAUUUUUUCCUGGAUCACCGACAACCUGAACCAUCCAAGUUCACCAACUGCAUGCAAGCUUCGAUUCAUCGACUAUAUUGAGCGGCAAAGACCUAGCCUUCGCAAGUUCUAUAAUGACGAUGCACUUGACGAACCGGCUGGCCGCGCCUCUAGGAUGAUCUGCGCCCUGUGCGUCAAAGGAUGUGGGUUGGAAACGGCGUUGCGGCUGUCGCUUCUUGCGUUAUAUGACCUGAAGCUGCUGAUUGGUUGGUAUCAGGAAAAAGCGGGUCCCGGCAUUGGGGGGUCAAUGUUUCCUGACUAUGACUCUCUAUAUAUUAAGUUCAUUAUCGAGAGCGUGUCAGAGGUCUACGACAACGUCAGCCUAAAGGGAGUUUCCUCAGUCCAAUUUGUUGGUCAUCCACAGGAAUAUAAGAAUGUAACAGGGGGCGAGAUACUUGAUCUGCUUAGGGACGUAAACUCAAAGAUUAUUGGACCUAUUCAGGGUGCGGGUGAGAAGUUAGUAGAAGCAGUGGGACUGGAUAGGGGGAGUUUACGUUUGGUCGAUAGGCCAUUACUCAUGCUCGUACUGUGUCGUACGGAAAUCGAAGACGAGGAAGAUAAGGCCUUCCAUUGGCCGCGUAUCAGAAGCGCCCUGCGAGUACAGAAACGAGGUGGUGGUCGGAAGGUUUUUAUCUCAGCGGCAGAGGUGGGAAGAGGUAUGAUAAAGCUAUUCUCCGGGAAAUCAUGGACUUAUGUACCGCGAUGCUCUCAGAUACCGUAUCUACUUCUCGGAUAUCUCCCGGUGCCUCAUUUAUUCGCAGACUUUGACAUUUCGCUUCUCGAGGAGUAUCUCGAAGUCCGUAAAUUCCUAGGCCUGGGAGGCGAUGAAAUGGAGAUAGACAAUCCAUCUACUGCUGAAACUAGCGAAGUCUUAGCACUAUCAUCAUCAAAGGCAAUAGAAGAGAAUAAUACCUUAUUUGUUUGCGAUGUAGACGCAGUCGUCCAGCCCCCACCGGCUGACCACGAAGCCUCUUGUCUCCGCCGCCCCGGUGGUGCUUCACCGUUGACCCAGCACGACAUUUUCAUGUUGGAAACAAUAUUCGAUGAUAAUACUUCAUCAGUUUUACAUCGGCCGCGAGAAAACCUUCAUCUGCACAGGGCUUGCGAGGCCUCAGUCAACAGGCGGUGGUUCGAUAAGACAGAUAUCGGGAGUGGUGCUUUUGGCACCGUUAAGUUACAGGUCAGCUCUGACGGGCACACACGUGCGGUGAAACGUAUUCACAGACCAGAUCCCAAAGAGAGGGAGGUGAAGGCCCUGGCCAAGGUUGCCGAUAGGGACGAUCUAUUUGUGAGAUUUCUCGGUUGGUACAAGGAUAAGCAUUCCUGCCUUUACAUCACAAUGGAAUAUCUCGAGAACGGAGAUCUUAGUGUAUACCUCAAAACGCAGGGCCGCCUUCCUGAAGGGACGAUUCUUAACAUCAUCACACAGGUACUUCAUGGGCUUGUAGUUCUACAUGAGCGCAAUAUCUGUCACAGGGACCUAAAACCCCAGAACAUACUUAUCGCUUCGCCUCGCCCACUCCGAGUUAAGAUUGCGGACUUUGGCACGUCGAAGUACAUCAAGGAAACAGAAGUCAGAACAAGGGUUGGGACGGUGGAAUAUACAGCGCCUGAAGUCCUGGGCCUGUGGACGUCAAAAACCAGGAGGAACCAUUUUCCGUACGCCUUGGAUAUAUGGUCAAUGGGAUGUAUCUUUUACGAGAUGAUUACUUCUAAAAGACCAUUUACCUUGGUUCAUUUGACCUCCACUGCGAUAUCGACCUUAAUUGCGGAGGCUGAGACAGCGCUCGAAACAGGUGUAGAGGCUGGAGAGGAGAUGGACAUGCAACUCUUUCUGAAGUUUUGUUCAGGUGCUAUGCCUCUUCCGUUGGAGGAAUUCGAACGUCUUGGUGCGAGUAAGGAAGCGGGGUUAUUUGUAAAGGCUGUUUUACAAGCAGACCCGUCGAUGAGACCUUCAGCCUUGGAAUGUCUGGAGGAGGCUAAACGUAUGAUUGAUAUAUAA